AUAUGUGAUACCGAAUGCGAUAAGAGGAAAUGAAAAUUGUAAAUUGCCGUGUAAAUUUAUAUAGUUCACUGGUUCGAUAACAGCUCAAAAGUAAUUUUUCACGAGGUUUUCGACUGAGCUCCGAUAAUGUCGAACCUCGUAAUAUUUUUUCUAGCUGUAAUAGCAAUAUCAGGGCCACUGAAUGUAGCAAAAUCAGCUUCAGCACAAGGUUUAGACAUAAACACAAUAUUGGAGCUAGUGCAACAACAACGUAUUAACUCGGGAGCAAACAGGCUCAACAGAGUGCAGCUCGUUCAACAAUCCUCAGAUUCUUCCGACGAUGAUACUGACUCAGAUGACGAAACUGAAUCAGAUGAACCAGAAAACCGCUAUGGAAGGUCCAACGACGAGAAACUAUUAGAAAUAAUAGAAACUUUAGUAAAUGAAAAUAGAUAUAAAGAAGGACGUAACGACUAUGGGCCCAAGAAAAAUAGAAAACCAAAGUAUAGAGCCACCAAUUCUGUAUAUCGAAGUGACAAGCGAGACAAUUCACAAAAUUAUGCCCAAGUUAGAACACAAAAUAUUUUGGAUAAAUUAUUUGGUAACAAUUUGAAUGUAGCUGAGAAGGAAACUAAGCCAACAGGUGACUAUGAAAAGAAGAGACUGACUCCUAACCUUUUAUUACCUAGAGCAGAUGACAAUUAUAAUAGAAACGAUGACGUGACUGGUCUCGAAGAUUAUUCAAAAGUAUACAUAGUUUUGAAUCCUAAUGCAGUUCGACAAAGCAAGAAUCAGAACGCUCUUAAUGAUUUGAUUUCAAAGGUACUCUCAUUAUCUGGUUCAGCAUCUAAGAGGGAUCGUUCAGUCAACAUCAAACCCCGUCGUCUUAAAGGAUUAGUAGUAAAUGAUCAAGUUGUAAGGAGGUCUAGAAGUUCCAGGGAGAUUUACGCCCCCAGAGAUGAUUCGAAUGGCGAUGAGUACAAAUCGAAAAAGUCUCGUGGAAAUUCAAAUGCAGGACACACCGCCAUACCAUACGUACGGAACCGAGGAGAUAUAUAUGAGAAGACUCAUCAAUCAUAAUUGUUUUUUUUGGCAAUUAAAUAAAUUAUAUUUC